CGGCGGACGAGCAACACUGCAUGUCCGUCGUGUCCCAUCACUAUACGACCGACUGUCGAGUGAUGGGUACGGCGUGCAUCCUGCCCGACGCACACGCUACCAAUCAGCACGAUGGGUCGACAAGUGAAGGUACAUCCAUGAGGAAUGUACCCACUUCGACACAUGCCAUGUCCGUGCCCACGUCCACACCAGUGAGUGUGAUGACGAACAGGGAGCCCGUCGAGAGCAAUGCCUGCGACUCGUCGGGCUACCGUCUCUUCAUCUCUGCUUCAAUGAUCGCGUGUGACCAUGAAGACGGCACUUCAGCCCCCAGGUACGACUGCGAAGUCGUACCGGAUGUCCCACGGGAUAGCACGUCUGUGCUACAGGAUGACCUCGCGGUCGUACUUUACAAUUCGCAAGGAUGCACGAUGGACUUGCAGCGAUGCAUGACCAUUGUGCCCCAGCUCACCUCGACUGCCACUAGUGCAGCGGGUACGUCUAGCUCAUUGCUCGACGUACAGGGGGAUAACAAUCACCAUUCCCCGUCCAUCGCUGAUCGCUUGUCGGACAGUAGCAUCACGCUAGCAUCGGCGUCCCAAGACGGAUUGCACUUCCGUGAGGAAGUGCAGGUCUCCGGCGGCUUCGACACAGCUGAAACCCCUGUGGCUCACCAACACUCUCUCCGUGACCCCGGCGCCCCGACGAGCGCGCAGCCCGACGAUCGCGUAUCUCCGAGCGACACGCGAGCUCGAGAUUGCGGCCCGACUGCUGCACUACGGACAGUGCAGCGGCCGGCGAUUACAGACCCCAACCGACUAGAACGGCCUCCCGACCGGACCUCCACCCAACUUCAUACCGACCUCUCCGCGGCCCCCGAUAUCGCCGGCGACUACGACAGGCACCACGGGUCUCAGAUCGCGUACGAACUCUGGAGACCGUGUGUAGGACGGAAGGGUCAGGACGGGGUCAAGGGAGACGUGGGCGAUGGUACGGGAGCCAGAGAGAGAGUCGAGGAGGGUCGUGCAGAAGGAGGAGAGGGGGAAGGGCACGGUGUUGAUGAAGAAGACGAGCCACCAUGCUCGGAAAGCAAAGACGAACCGGAGGACCAGUACGUCGUCAUACAGGACGACGCACUCGAGACCCGGACACAGGCGACCGUCGCACCGAGGUGCACCGUGUGGUGUGCGGUCAAGUACCUCAGGGUACUUGACACCCUUGAUGGCAAAGACCUAUGCGGAUGCAAGGCCGAACUCGACGUAGUCAUGUCGAGUACAGCAAGCGAGCGGGCAGGCUCCAAGACCGACAGUACGCCCUCACCGGACGUACUCACGUCGCCGCCGUCUUUCGUGCCAGGACUCGUACUAGUAAGGCCGUAUCGACGAACAGACCGCACGUAUAUUCCUGUGACAAUCACCGCGUCUUGCACAGAGAGUACGUCCAGCCUGAACUCGAGGUUCGACGUCCCACCCGCCGAGGACUCGGCAUGGAGACCUGAGACUGGCCCCGUUGUUGCCCGCUUCGUCGCCACCGUCUUCCGCUGUCGCCACUGCCGCAACACUGUACAACGACCUCAUUACCCGCUAUCGACAUCACGUCCCGCCGUUGCUACUACCACCACUACCGACACUGCCACCAUUGUCCGUCCCGUCGCCAUUGUCAUCCCAUCGACAUUGUCAUCCCAGCCAUUGUCGUGCUGGCCACUGUCGCUCCCGCCACUGUGUUCCGCUCUGGCCACCACAACACUGCGCAAUGCAACGAGCCCAUUUGUCACGUCCCGGUUUGCAUAACUCCAUCGAGUUAUGCAUGACAAUGG